UAUGUAUGAAGUCGAUAUACUCGUUACAUUUGAAAGACGAACACCGAUCAAUAUCACAAGAGAAGAGGCAAAGCUUUGAACAUUUCAGUUUCUGGGUUUGUGGAUCGAUUUGCGCCGAUAACUUUUUCAGUUGGAUUUGAGGAACCGUUUGGCUGGAUCUUAUUUUUUUUCUGCGAAAACAAAAUCAAACAUUUGCUAUAGAUUUCAUUAAUUCAACACCUGAUUGCCUAGUGUGCAUUAGAAGUCUUGGAGAAGUAAAUUAUCUGGUGGUUCUGCUUCAAUAGCGUGGCAGAAUGUAUCCUGUUUCCAGAAGCACGGACUCAUAUUAUCCUCACCAGAGCAAUCAGAUGCCUUGCGCACACCCUUAUUAUCCAAGCUUCGAAGCUGUUCCACCUCAAAUGAAAGUGGAUGUAGCCCGACCUCCAGUAACAUAUGAGUCCUGGCCUCAAGGUGGCUUCUAUGGCUAUUCCAUUCCAGUGGGAUGUCACGGAUGUUGUAAUCAUAACUAUCUCCCUGGUCACUAUGGUUUUAGACCUCACUAUCCUCCUCCACCGCCAUCCCCAUUUCACUAUCAUGGAAGUUACCCUAUGUUCCCCGAAACCUAUCCUCUUCACCAUGCUCCUCCUCCACAUUACUCAAUGGAGCAGCCGAGAUACGAGUAUGAUAAGAAUGGGCCUAGAGAUCACUGCUGUGGGUGUCCUAACCACUCGUGCAACAGGAAAAAUUCAAACGUAAAGAUCGAAGAACAGGGCCCUGAUGUGGAAAAGAAAAACAGUAAUUCUGUACUCCCUAUUGAGUCUAACAAUUAUCCGUAUCCAGUUGUGUAUAUUCCUCCUGGUUACAUGAAGAACAGGGAGCACAGAAAACCUGUUGAAGUGGAGAUGGAGGACAGGGAGGAGGAUCCUCAUGAUGCAAAUUCUCCCAGAAGUACGAAAUCUUCUGGACAGGAUCCAAGUGUCUGGAGGAGAUGGUUUCCACUUGAUAUUAACCACCUUGGAUCUCUGAAGCAUGUUGGAGAUGAGAAGAGAACUCAAUAUCAGCAAAAUGAAUACAGUAGUCAAUUGCCAUUUCCAGUAUUUUGGAUGCCUUAUAAGCCUGGUGAAGUGGAAAGAAAAGCUCACACGGAGGACGAAGAAUCCAUUGAAGAAAAACCUUCCAAUUUCAAGAUUACUCCUGUGGCACCUCCUGACAAUGAGGAUGGAACAGGCCAACCUGGAGCAAGUAACAAUAAUUUUGGCAGCGAGGUUGGUCAAAAGAUGAUGGAGAGAGAUGCUAAUCAGAAAUUGAUUCCUGUGAAGCAACUGGAACAGCAUGGGGAAAAGGGCAUCUCAGAAGAUGCCAAGGGAAAAGCCCAAGGUAUUCCUGUGAAGCAUAUUGCAGAUGGUGGUCUAAGGGAACCUUCUGAGAACAGUACAAAAAGGCAGUCCUCUUCACCAAAGGAGGCAUCUAAACUACCUCCGGUCUGUCUGAGAGUUGAUCCUUUGCCGAGGAGGAAAAAUGGUAAUGUUAGUUCAAGGUUUCCUAGUCCUCCUGGUCACAAAGGAACACGGGAGCUAUCUAGAGACGGUUACAAGUCUUCCACCUAUGCUCAAAAGGCUCCCAGUCCUUCUGGUGACAAAGGAACACAGGAGUUAUCUAGUGACAGUUACAAGUCUACCACCUUCUCAAGUUUGAAAGAAAAUACUCAAAAGGACAUGCAGUGUACAAACGCUUCAUUAAAGAAUGCCAUGGAGGCAGAGCCAAACACAAAAGAAGAAGAAGAAGUUGGGACAGCUGAGGUGACUGGGCAAGAUGGAAAGGAAAAUUCUAAGGCUCACCCUCUGAUCCAGGUUGCUGAUAAUUUGCCCACUCUUUCUCAUGAAGAGGUCUCGACAAACCAGAGCACUACUAAGGCCGGUGUUGAUUAUGGUAUAUGUAACCUCAAAGUGGAUAAAGGGUUAGACAAGGAGGAUAAAAUGUCUGCUAAAGAAAUUGAAUUGAAAGAUGCUUCAUCCAAACUUCAAUCAGGUGAUGGUGAAUUCACAGUUGGAGAGGAUAAAGGAGCCAUCAAGGUGAAAGAAGAGAAAUAUGAGGAAGCCAACAAUGCAAAAAGGAAGAACUUGUCAGAAGCUGAAGCAGCUGUGAUUAUUCAGUCUGCAAAUCGUGGUUUUGAGGUGAGAAGAUGGGAACCAUUGAAGAAAUUGAAACAGAUAGCUCAUGUUCGGGAGCAGGUGACUGAAAUCAGAAGUCGUAUUCAAGCUAUCGAGUCUUCUUCUGAUAGCUACAUUGAUGAUAGGCAGAAAGUGAUCAUUGGAGAACUUAUAAUGAACCUUCUGCUGAAACUGGACACAGUUCAGGGCUUGCAUGCAAGUGUAAGGGACAUGAGGAAAUCUGUGGCGAAGGAGCUUGUAAGCCUUCAGGAUAAGCUUGAUUCUCUAGCUUCUCUAUCUAUCAGUAAAUGUGAAGUAUACGCCACUAAACCCAUAGAAGAUUCUCACACCAGCACUGCAAAUAAAGAUUGCAUUCGAGAGCAACAAGUGGAAGCAAAAGAUGAAGGACUUAAAGACUCUGCGGGUAACAAUGAUAAAAUGGAAUUGGUAGAGCCUUGUCAAGGUCAUCGUCUUGGUAUUAUAGACACAAUAUCCAGCGAUAAAGCUGCAGAAACGUCAGAGGUUGUGAUGCUCGACAAAGAAGUAUGCCAGGAGUCCGAGGAUAAGGUUCAUGAAAUCCCACUGAUGAAAGAAUUAGUAGCUCCAGCAAUGAAACUGAAUGAUGAAGAGAACGCUGAAGGUGUUGGUGUCUGUCAAGAGGUGAUGUCAGAGAUGCAAAACUGCAAUGAUUCAAUGCUUGAGCAAUCUGCUGAACUUCCAGCUGCUGCAGAAGAGAUUCGCAAUCAUGUGGAGGAGAAGGGAGCUUCUUCUCUAGUUGAUGACACAGUAUCUGCAGACAAGGACUUGGAAAUGAAUCGGUUGCCAGAACUGCCACAAGGAGUACUGGACAAAGAAAUUGCUGUUGAGCCCCACAGGACUGAACAGAUUGAAAGUGGCACUUGUGAGGGCUCACAAGGUGGAGAUGUUGACUCUAAUAUGGCAAUUGAUGCUACUCAACCAGAUGAGGGAGCUGUAAAUAUGGAUAUGGUUGAACAGAAGGCACAUGAUGCAUUUAUGGAAGGUCUAGUCAGUGCUGAAGUGGUGGAGAAGGUUGGAUCAGCUAAAGAUGAAGAAUUCCUCCACAAUCACAAGAUUGAGCCAAAUGAACUGCUGGAGGAAGCAGAAAGUGAAAAAGUAAGUUCGAGUGAGCCUAUGGAAGUUGCCAAGGGAGAGGAAGAUAAGGUUGGAUCAAAGAAAGCUGACGAACUUGGGGAUACCAAGCUUGACGUUGAGAAAUUCCUAGUGUCAUCACUAGGAGAUGUCAGUAAUCUUGAAGGGCUUGGGGAAGUUUCAAAUCCAGAGGAAUGUUGGCCAGGGCUCUCAUUAUUGGCUAACAAUAUUCAUGAUGGAGAACGGAGAGAAGACAAUCAGAAAUCUUUGGGGUUGGAAGCGUCUAGACUAGAUGAAUCUCAACCUCAGUUAGCAAGGCCGGACAACAAAAUCAAUGAUGGUGAAUGUGAAGACAUCCAUGGAUUAACUUCUCUAGGGGAUGAAAAGCUCAUUGCGGAAACUGGAGAAUCUAAUGAGGAUCCAAAAAUAGCAAUGGGAAAGGAGAAUCAAAAGCUACUCGAAUCAAUUGGUAGAAGAAACGAAACAACUGACCAGCCUCAUGGGACAGAAACAGCUGAAGAAGUCUUGGUGUCCACUCCAUCUGGAGCAGAACUACUAUCUGUUGGAACAGAUAAGAUGAUUGACGAAUCUUGUGGAACUGAAUUUGACAAAGAAGAGGUCUUAGUGGCAACAUCUGGUGAAGAACAAGCUACAGGAGGAAAGUUUUCUCCCAUGUCACCAACACUUAAACAGGUUCCCGUUAGAAAUGACAUGGGGUUGGAAAAUGACAGAAAGUUGAUCGAAGAGAACGAGAGGUUGAGGGAGAUGAUGGAGAAGUUGAUUGAGGCAGGGAAACAACAGUUAACUACCAUAUCCGACCUUACUGGAAGAGUUAAGGACUUGGAGAAAAAAUUGUCAAGGAAGAAGAAAUCGAAGACUAGACGAUCAAGAGUUGCAACAUCUAGAUCUUCCUGUCUUAAACCGUCUAACAACUCUUUAGGAGGUACUGCUGUAGGUUUUGCCAUGUAAGUGUAUUGUUCUUGUUGUGUCUUUCCUUGGAUAUAAUGUCGAUGUGUUACUGUAAUAUAGGGUCGAGUAUUGUUGUAUCUGAAUAAUGUACUGCUUCAUAUAUAUAUUUGGUGAAAUGCAUAUCUGAUACUCUUUUAACGUGCAGUAUUUAUUCCAUUUCUUUCUUGAUCAGUUGAAUGUUGAGCUGCAUUUGUUGCAUUUGUUUGCCUGAUCCAGGUAUAUGCACAUAUUAGAUUGUCCUGAGAUUUAAGCUAUUUUUUUUUUUUUUUCGGAAAGUGAUUUGAGCUUCUUUUUCUCAGCAAUAAGUGGUUUCAUGCCUUACACUCACAAUUCUUUAUCUGUGGAUCUGCUUAAACUCUUCUUUCUAUUUUUCUGACAAGGGUUUUUAUAUAUCUGGAUUUAGUGAAAUAAAGAGAAAUUGUGUCAU